CGUGUAGGGCGGAGCCUCUCGGCUCACGUGCACGGCCUCACGACCAAUCGGGUGAUCGCGUGAUGUGAGCUUUGCUCGCUACUGCUGCCGCUUUUGCGGCGGGGUUGUUGUUCUUCCCCCUCCCGUCUCCAAGAUGGCGGCGCCGGCGGGUGCCUGAAAGAAGCUGUUGCUACGAGGGGGAAGCGAAGUCCUGGCUGCCGUCCGGAAAGGAAGGGGAAACGCCUCCGCCCCGCGCCCCUCUCGCUGCCCAGCCCUUCCCUCUGCUGCCCAGUCGCUCCCCGCCCUCCAUGGUCCUUUAGGAGGAUGGUAAAAUGACCCAGGCGGGGAAGAAGAAGAAAAGGGCCGCCAAUCGCAGCAUCCUGCUGGCCAAGAAGAUCAUCAUUAAGGAUGGCGGCACGCCUCAAGGAAUAGGCUCACCUAGUGUCUACCAUGCUGUGAUAGUUAUAUUUUUGGAAUUUUUUGCUUGGGGACUCCUGACAGCACCUACCUUAGUGGUUUUGCAUGAAACCUUCCCAAAGCAUACAUUUUUAAUGAAUGGCCUAAUUCAAGGGGUAAAGGGCUUGUUGUCUUUCCUGAGUGCCCCCCUCAUUGGAGCUCUGUCUGAUGUUUGGGGUCGAAAAUCCUUCCUGCUCUUAACAGUAUUUUUUACUUGUGCACCAAUCCCACUAAUGAAGAUCAGUCCAUGGUGGUACUUUGCUGUUAUCUCGGUUUCUGGAGUUUUUGCAGUGACUUUCUCAGUGGUGUUUGCUUAUGUAGCAGAUAUAACCCAAGAGCAUGAAAGAAGCAUGGCCUAUGGCUUGGUCUCAGCAACUUUUGCUGCAAGUCUAGUUACCAGCCCUGCCAUUGGUGCCUAUCUUGGUCGAGCAUAUGGAGACAGCCUGGUGGUGGUCCUAGCUACAGCUAUUGCAUUGUUGGAUAUUUGUUUUAUCCUUGUAGCUGUGCCUGAAUCAUUGCCAGAAAAAAUGAGGCCUGCAUCCUGGGGAGCACCCAUUUCUUGGGAACAAGCUGAUCCAUUUGCGUCAUUGAAGAAAGUAGGUCAAGAUUCCAUAGUGCUUCUAAUCUGCAUCACGGUCUUUCUCUCCUACCUCCCUGAGGCAGGCCAGUAUUCCAGCUUCUUCUUGUACCUCAGACAAAUAAUGGGAUUUUCACCAGAAAGUGUUGCAGCGUUUAUAGCGGUCCUUGGGAUUCUUUCCAUUGUGGCACAGACAAUAGUUUUGAGUCUGCUUAUGAGGUCAAUUGGAAACAAGAAUACCAUUCUGCUGGGCCUGGGAUUUCAAAUACUGCAGCUUGCCUGGUAUGGUUUUGGCUCAGAACCUUGGAUGAUGUGGGCAGCAGGGGCUGUUGCAGCCAUGUCGAGCAUCACAUUUCCAGCUGUUAGUGCACUUGUUUCACGAACUGCUGAUGCUGAUCAACAGGGUGUCGUUCAAGGAAUGAUAACGGGAAUUAGAGGACUCUGUAAUGGCUUGGGACCAGCUCUUUAUGGCUUCAUAUUCUACAUCUUCCACGUAGAACUGAAUGAACUUCCAGUGACUCAAAACGACCUAGGAGAAACCACACAGCACCAUUCAAAAGAGAACUCUAUCAUUCCUGGUCCUCCAUUCUUAUUUGGAGCGUGUUCUGUAUUACUGGCUCUGCUUGUUGCCUUGUUUAUUCCUGAACACACCAACUUAAACGUUCGAUCGAGCAACUGGAAAAAACACUGUGGUGGCCACGGCCACCCACACAGUCCACAGGCCCCUGGGGAGGCCAAAGAACCUUUGUUGCAAGAUACAAAUGUAUGACAGCAAAACUCAAGGACUCCUAGAGCGAGUUUCUUAUUUUUAUUCGUUUUCACCUGCAGUUCUGGAUGCACAUUCCAUUUCCAUCGAAAGUGUCAUUUCUUAAGAUGAUCUUAAGAAAUCUCUUUGCAUGAAAAUUGUAAGAACCACAAACAGGAAGUGGAAAAUCCUCCAAAGAAGUUACAAUUUAUUUGUUUUUUAAAAACUUAUCUAGGAUUUUUGCCAUAAAGUCCUGAUGAAAUAUUAAAUCUUUACAUCGUAAUUUUGAAACAAAAAAUAUAUAUCUAUAUAUAUAUUCAAGGUAUCAGCAUGUGUUCCUGCAUCAGUUUCCUGGAGGUGUUGAGCUUUAUUCUCUUCAUGCUGGUCUCAAUGAGACGUACUUGCAGGACUUGGAGACCCAUUUAUUUUAACUGUAAAAUCUUGGGUCAGAUGCAUUCAAAGCCUUAACGUAGAUGCACUUGACUAAGAAGGUGAAUUGGGUUGAUCUUGGACGUUCAAAUCAGUGUCUGGUAGGUUUUCUUCUAGUCUGAGGUUUUACUAACACAAUCAUGUGUUUGAACACACAUCCUGAACAGUACACACUCCUUUAAGUGCAUUAUUCUGCUAAUUCUUUAUUUGAAUUGAGUAUAGUGUCGAUCUGUAGUACUUAAACUAGUGGGUAGUGUGAGCCUACUAGAUUUUAUUACUGGCUCUAGAAUUCUACCUUCCUAAAUACAAUUUGAUACCACUAUGCUUUGGAUGUUUUGCAUAUAAGGACCUCAAAACUUGAAUACACAAAGUCAACUCUAAGCUGAUAGCCUUGAAGAUGUCAAUGUGCUCUAUACUGGAUAGCCCUUUCUAUUACUAGACAGGAUCACUGAAGGUUUUGGAGCCAAGGAGAAGUGGCAGUUGAUCUGCCUUUUCCUGCUCCCUUAUUUGGGACAUGGAGUUUGUAGGGGGUGAGAGAUGACUGCCCUGUCUAGUAAUGGAAGUGUUGAUCCUUGCUCUAUAGUGGCCUUUCAGGACUGUCACAAGUAACACUUCAGAGCCAAGGGUUAGUCCUGCAGUUUCAGGACCACAGUACAGGAGAGAGCUUUAUACAAUUACUGAUGUGAAUUUCUCAAAGUGUAUAUUUUUGUGUCCAGUUGUAUUAUUUAAGUGUUCCUUUGUAUAAAAUGUGUAUAAAGUAUUGUAUAGUUCAAAAUGUUUUCAUCUUGUGCUGUGGUUAUUGCUUAAGCUUUUUUAACUUUUGCCACGGUUGACUAAAAGCUAGAAAAUAUGUAAAUACACUGUUAAUAAAGUUGAAUAUUUUAGUGAUUUUUAGAAAUUAUUUGAAACAGUUCUGAAGAUUGAUAUACUGUUUAUGUGGAUAGGUUUGUUGCCUCCUUGUAAAUAGUUCUAUUUUUAUACCUGUUCUUGGUACCUGUAUAUUUGGGGUAUGUGUACUUUUUAAAGUAAAAAUGGAUACUUAUCUGUA